AGUGUCUGGCGAAAAACCAAAAGUCCCCGUGCAAUACGGACAACCCCAUAACAGUAUACGACUACUGGGUUUUUAUUUCUAGUAACGCUUAAAUAUGCUGCGGGGAAACCAUUUCUGAUGUUAAAAUAAUCGUCAUUUUUCCUUGUAACAUCUUUGAGUGUCAGUUUUACUUGUAUGGUCACUGGCCAGUGAACAGUGUGAGGGCAGCUCUGACGGCCGGCACACGUGUGCCUUAUCUACAGGAACUUUAACUUAACAGUGUUUUUGUGUUAAUAUGCUAAAAUAAUUCAACAACACAAGAUGUACAAAACGCUGCCAUUGUUCGCCUUGUUGGCGUGCGCCUGCGCACAGUCCGGAGAUCUGGAGGCUAUCAUCCACGAGAUAUUCAACGUUCCCGCCUCCGGCACCACGACGCAAGCCUCUAUAGUCAACAGAGCGCCAUCGACCGUGGUGCCCAGCGUUCCACAAGCGAAUGCGACCGACUUGUCGUGCACACUGGACGACGGACAGGUGGGCGAGUGUGUCACCUACUACUUGUGCAACACCAGCAACAACACCAUCAUCACCGACGGCACCGGGGUCAUCGACAUUCGUUUCCGCGACGGUCCCUGUCAGUCGUACAUCGACACAUGCUGCCUGGUGCCCGAGAAGAGGCCGGAGACCGACCCCAUCAUACCCAAGCCAGACCCCGUCAAACCCGAGCGUCAAGGCUGUGGCUGGCGCAACCCUGAGGGAGUAGCCGUCCGCACCACCGGCGACACCGACGGCGAGACCAAGUUCGGAGAGUUCCCCUGGAUGGUCGCGAUUCUUAAGAUCGAACCGGUGAACGAAAAUGAGCCAGACGGCCAGAAGCUGAACGUGUACGUCGGCGGCGGAUCGCUAAUCCACCCGAGCGUGGUGCUGACGGCGGCGCAUUAUGUUGCGUCCGGGCCGCAGCUGCGUGUGCGCGCCGGCGAGUGGGAUACACAACACGCCAAGGAGCCAUAUCCUUACCAGGACCGCGAUGUCUCCCGGAUUGUCGUUCACAAGGACUUUAAUAAAGGCAACCUGUUCUACGACGUGGCGCUGCUGUUCCUCAAUUCGCCGAUGGAUCUGGCGCCCAACGUGGGACUGGCGUGCCUGCCGAAGGCCCGCGAACGCGCCACUGCCGGCACGCGCUGCUUCGCCUCGGGUUGGGGCAAGGACAAGUUCGGCAAAGAUGGUCGCUACCAGGUUAUAUUGAAAAAGAUUGAAGUGCCUGUGGUGGACCGCAACACGUGCCGUGACCAACUGCGCAAGACUCGGCUGGGGCGGUACUUCGAGCUGCACUCGUCGUUCAUGUGCGCGGGCGGCGAACCCGGCCGCGACACCUGCAAGGGAGACGGCGGCUCCCCGCUCGUCUGUCCCAGCGAGUACGAGAAGGAUCGUUACGUGCAGAACGGUAUCGUGGCGUGGGGCAUCGGGUGCGGCGAGGACGGCACCCCCGGCGUGUACGUGGACGUGGCCAACGUGCGGGAGUGGAUCGACGGCAUUCUCCUAGGCGUUAACUACGACGUUUCGGUUUACGAACUCUAAGACCAAACGCGGGAGUUCAGAUUCGUUUUCAAUUCUCAAGAUGAGUUCCCUUUACAAACCAUUAUCCAAAAUGUUUUGUGAUUAGUUAAAUGGUAUGGAGUCAUUGAUGGCCCACUUUCUUUUAUAUUCGUUUCAUAAAUUGAUAGUAGAAAAGCCUUUGAUUAAAUUGUAACUUAUAUAAUAAUAAAGGAAGUACCAAAAAAA